UGCCUAUGGUCGCUGUAAAACCGUGGCAAAAUAAUUAAAUUUGAUUUUGCCAACGCAUUAAAAGUACUUUUCUGACAAAUAUCUAUUUUGAGGGAUGAUAUCAAACUAAAACCUGGUGAUGCAGUUUGUUCGUCAUACUUCAACCCAGAAGAUAUCAUCCGAGAAAAGGUUUUUGUGGGACUUGAUGGUAGUGUUCGGGCAACGGAAUUUAAGGCUAAUUGCAGAGAAAACAACAAAUAACGUUCAGUGCUUUGCAAUGGCUAAAUACUGGCUGCUGGUAACCGUUUUUGCUGUUGAUGUAAUUUCUCUUCCUGAUAUCAUUCGAAUAGGUGGGCUAUUUCAUCCAACAGACAACAAACAAGAAGUGGCCUUUCGCUAUGCAGUCGAAAAGAUCAAUGCUAACAGAGAUAUCCUUCCGAAAUCAAGACUUAGUGCACAAAUUGAACAGAUAUCACCGCAAGACAGCUUUCAUGCCUCCAAACGAGUUUGCUAUCUUCUUCGAAAUGGAGUGGCCGCCAUUUUUGGACCACAAAGCGCACAUACAGCUAGUCACGUUCAGAGCAUUUGCGAUACCAUGGAAAUCCCUCAUCUUGAAACCCGUUGGGAUUAUCGUCUAAGACGUGAGAGCUGCUUAGUUAAUCUUUAUCCUCAUGCUACAACAUUAUCUAAGGCUUACGUCGAUCUAGUUAAAGCUUGGGGUUGGAAAAGCUUUACUAUCAUAUACGAAAAUAAUGAAGGUUUAGUGCGUCUGCAGGAACUUCUUAAAGCUCAUGGACCCAGCGAAUUUCCCAUUACUGUUAGACAACUUGGAGAGGGUCCAAACUAUAGGGAACUGUUAAAGCAAAUAAAAAACUCUGCAGAAUCACAUAUUGUACUGGACUGUUCAACGGAAAAGAUUUAUGACGUUUUUAAACAAGCUCAACAAAUAGGAAUGAUGACUGACUACCAUAGUUAUCUCAUUUCUUCUCUGGAUUUGCACUUGGUUGAUUUGGAAGAAUUCAAACACGGUGGCACAAAUAUAACAGCUUUUCGUCUAGUGGAUCCAGAAAAGACUCAGAAAGUGGUCCUAGAUUGGAUCUAUGGAGAACAGCGCUACGAUAGAAAACUCGAUCUGGGCCAAAGCAAGAACAAGAAUAAUGGUACCUUCAUUAAGACGGAAACUGCCCUUAUGUAUGACGCUGUUUACCUAUUUGCAAAGGCUCUGCACGUUCUUGAUUCGUCUCAACAAAUAGAUAUUAAACCACUUUCUUGCGAAGCAACUAUCACGUGGGACCAUGGAUACUCGCUUAUCAACUACAUGAAAGUCGUUGAAAUGACAGGAUUAUCAGGAAUAAUAAAGUUCGACCACCAGGGUUUUAGAUCCGAUUUUGUUCUUGACAUUAUUGAACUAAAUACAAAAGAAGGAUUGAAAAACAUUGGUACAUGGAACAGUACAAAAGGAGUUAACUUCACCAGGAGUUUUGGAGAUGUGUAUACAGAAAUUGUUGAAAGCUUACAAAAUAAAACUUUUAUUGUAACAACAAUUCUGAGUGCUCCAUACUGUAUGAGAAAAGAUUCUAGUGAGCAGCUUGUCGGAAAUUCUCAGUUUGAAGGCUAUAGUGUUGAUUUGAUUCAUGACAUAUCUCGCAUCUUGGGUUUCAAUUAUACUAUUCACUUGGUUCAAGACAAUCGCUAUGGUUCACUGAACAAAGUAACAAAAGAAUGGGAUGGAAUGAUAAAAGAACUCCUGGAGCAGAAAGCUGAUCUAGCCAUAGCUGAUUUAACUAUUACAUAUGACCGAGAGCAAGCCGUCGAUUUUACAAUGCCCUUUAUGAAUUUAGGUAUUAGCAUACUUUACCGGAAGCCUAUCAAGCAACCGCCAAACCUUUUUUCCUUUCUGAGCCCCUUGAGUCUUGACGUCUGGAUUUAUAUGGCAACCGCUUAUCUUGGCGUCUCAGUUCUUCUUUUCAUACUGGCUAGGUUCAGCCCUUACGAGUGGGAGAAUCCUCGUCCAUGCAAUGGACAAACUGAAGCCAUAAAAAACGAGUUUACUCUUCUAAACUCUCUCUGGUUCACCAUAGGCUCGCUAAUGCAGCAAGGCUCUGAUAUAGCACCAAAGGCAGUAUCCACUCGCAUGGUAGCUGGGAUGUGGUGGUUUUUUACUCUUAUUAUGAUAUCAUCAUACACAGCAAACUUAGCGGCCUUUCUUACAGUCGAAAGAAUGGAUUCGCCUAUUGAGAGCGCAGAAGAUCUUGCGAAGCAAACCAAAAUUAAAUAUGGAGCUGUCGAGGGAGGAAGUACUGCAACAUUUUUUAGGGAUUCUAACUUCUCGACAUAUCAGCGUAUGUGGUCUUUUAUGGAAUCAGCUGAGCCCUCCGUAUUCACGAAAAGUAAUGUAGAAGGCGUAACUAAAGUCGCAAAAGGAAAAGGAAGUUAUGCAUUUCUUAUGGAAUCGACAUCUAUAGAAUAUGUAAUCGAGAGGAACUGCGAGCUUACUCAAGUUGGUGGCUUAUUGGACUCAAAAGGAUAUGGAAUUGCAAUGCCGCCAAAUUCACCAUAUCGGACAGCUAUCAGUGGAGCCAUUUUAAAACUGCAGGAAGAAGGUACACUUCAUACGUUGAAGACCAGGUGGUGGAAAGAAAGACGCGGUGGAGGCGCCUGCAAAGAUGACGUCUCAAAGAGCAGCUCAGCAGCUAAUGAACUUGGUUUGGCAAACGUUGGUGGAGUAUUCGUUGUAUUGAUGGGGGGCAUGGGAGUAGCUUGUGUAAUCGCUGUAUGCGAAUUUGUAUGGAAGAGUCGCAAGGUAGCCGUAGAAGAAAGGGUGAGUUCUAUUUAG